GGUGAAAGGUUGAGAAUUAAUUCGAUCGGUUGAAAUUAUUCGGAGGUGGGAGAAGACAGUUGUUGGUUUAUAUUGAAUAUCGGAUAUUCAACGAAUGGCCUUCGGUAUUUUUCCUCGUUUGUAUUAUCUGCGAUAUUUGUCAUUCUACGGUCGCACGUCCGUUGAGACUUGUGGAACCGCAUCUGUGCAAUUUGUGAGGAUUUUUGUGACAUUUCGGGGAUUACUGGGUGUAUUUGAUCUAGUUAUUUCGAAGGGUGAGGAAUGUACAAGUUCCCUGAGGACCUGGAACUUGAGGAACUGCCGAGCAAUAUUUAUCAGGAACUCCUCGAUGAACUGGAUGUUGAUAAUAAUUGGAUUAAUUUGGGAGAAUACGUUGCGCAGCAGCUGGAACUUGGGUCUCGAUGGGUGAGGUCUCUCGAGGGCAGGGGAAUUAUCAGGGGAAGGGUAUCCCCAGCUGAUAAUUUAUUGUGCCAAUUGAGCAUUAGAAUGUGCACCGUGGGAAAUCUGGGGGAGUUGCUCGAGGACUGCGGUCUUUUCAGGGCACUAUCAAUUUUGAGAGAAACAGAAUCAUUGGUGAUAACGAGACACCCAAAUUUCCCCUGCCAGCAAGUGAAGGUGUCCCUGGGGAGAAAAAUUCAGUUAAUUUGCGAGGCGACAGGCCUUCCACCUCCCUCUUAUGCCUGGUACCAUGGGGAUUCCAUCCUGAAUAACGCAGGUGCCAAAGAAUUGAACCUAGAAAUAACUAGAGAAGACCAGGAGGGCGAGUACAAGUGUUUGGUCUCUCAGGUUGACAUCGAGGGGAGAAUCCUAGAGGAACUCAUAUCAGAAUCAGUUUACGUCACUGUCAAUCCAACUCCAAUUGUCAUCGAGCGUCAACCACUGCGAUUCGUUGAAAUUAGAAAGGGGAAAUCCCUGGUUUUAUCCUGCAAAGUCAAGAGCCACCCAGAGCCCAUUUACCAGUGGUUCAGGGAUAACACCAAAUUGGAGAUGCAGACGUCUAAUGUCCUAGAAAUAGAAAAUUUUAACGCUAAUGACGAGGGAAAAUAUUACUGCUACAUGAAAAAUCCAGUCAGUGAAGUCUGCACGGAGAGAUGCAAUGUUAUUAUGGAGUUACCCAGGGAGAAGGCAACGGCAAAAAUAGCAUUAUUAAUUGCCAACGAGGAUUACGACCACCACGAGAGGCUCAAGACCCCCAAGAAUGACGUUGCCAAACUCGCCAAGUUGCUGCAAGAGAUUGGAUUCAAAGUUAUUUGCUUUGCUAAUUUGGAUAUUCAACAGAUGAAAAAUGCUAUGGCUAUUUUUGCUGCAGCUCUGUCCGAAGGAGCUUAUGGGCUCUUUUAUUUCGCUGGUCAUGGCUUCAAGAUGCAAGAGAGCUACGUGUUGUCAGUAGAUGCACCCAAAUCAUUUCUUAGAAGCGAUGCUAUUUGUGAGAGUGAGAUAUUGUCGAUAAUUAUGCCAAAAGAUCCUGCACUUCUUGCUGUUAUCCUUGAUACAUGUCAGACAGUUCCUCCAAGGGAAUUAAAUCCAGAUAUUCACAGGGAAAUACCGAAAGUAAAUGAGUACAGGAGCAGGAAGAACCUGAGGAAUUUAAUUCAGGCUUACUCAACGUCCAGCCAUCGACCUAGUUACGAAAGAUCAAGUAAUGAGAAUGGACUGUAUGUCACUCAUCUCAGUAAAUUCAUGGCAAAGGAUAUCCCUGUGCAGAAGGUCUUCGAGGAAGUCGGCAGAUCCAUCGACACCUGGUUCAAGGGCAAAGAACGAAAUCAAAUUCCAAUGUUUGCGUUGACCGUCACUAAACCUUUCAGACUGACCGAUGGAAUUUAUGCGAAAAAUACGUCAGAACCCUCGGAGUUGGAGCAAUUACUCUCGUUUCCCUCGAAAAAAAUUGAAAUUUUGUUUCAACAGAGUGGAAUCAACUGCCAGGUGCAAAUAUCUCCAUACCUCAAGCCCUUCUGUAAUUUUGUAAAGCUAUCGUUUCAUGCAGUCGAUGGGUUAUCAGUGAAUCUCUACAACUUAGUGCCUAUAGAGCCUAAUAAUCUGUUCCGAUCGAAAAACAACGAAUUCUGGAUUCACAAUCCCCAGAGAAGCAAAGGACCUCUCGCAAUAUUCAUCGAACGAGAUGGAAAUCGAGUGGGAGCAUCAGCUCUCAAACUAAUGGAUUACGUACCUAAGAUUCUUCAGAGCUUAUGAAAAUCCAUGGAAACGCAUUUUGUACUUCAGACGAAUGAAAUGUAGAAAAAUAAAUUUUUCAAACAAAAAUGUAUUUUACAGUUCUUCAUAAAGAA